GGUGUCGUUGGUGACUUGCGCGGCGGCGGCGUCUGGGAGGAAAGCGGGGCCUGCUCGGGAGCGAUACCGCGAUGUCGAUCGAAAUCGAGUCUUCCGAUGUGAUCCGUCUUAUCAUGCAGUACUUGAAGGAGAACAGUUUACAUCGGGCCUUGGCUACCUUACAAGAGGAGACUACCGUCUCUCUGAAUACAGUGGACAGCAUUGAGAGUUUUGUGGCUGACAUUAAUAGUGGCCAUUGGGAUACUGUUUUACAAGCUAUACAGUCUCUAAAAUUGCCAGACAAAACCCUUAUUGACCUCUAUGAACAGGUUGUUCUGGAAUUGAUAGAACUCCGAGAAUUGGGUGCUGCCAGAUCACUUUUGAGACAGACUGACCCCAUGAUUAUGUUAAAGCAAACACAGCCAGAGCGGUAUAUUCAUCUGGAGAACCUCUUGGCCAGGUCUUAUUUUGAUCCUCGUGAGGCAUACCCAGAUGGAAGUAGCAAAGAGAAAAGAAGAGCAGCCAUUGCCCAAGCCUUAGCUGGGGAAGUCAGUGUGGUACCUCCAUCUCGUCUCAUGGCAUUGCUCGGACAGGCGCUGAAGUGGCAACAGCACCAAGGGUUGCUUCCUCCUGGUAUGACCAUAGAUUUGUUUCGAGGUAAAGCAGCUGUAAAAGAUGUGGAAGAAGAAAAGUUUCCUACACAGCUGAGCAGGCAUAUUAAGUUUGGUCAGAAAUCACAUGUGGAAUGUGCUAGAUUUUCUCCAGAUGGUCAAUAUCUGGUCACUGGGUCUGUUGAUGGAUUUAUUGAAGUAUGGAACUUUACUACUGGAAAAAUCAGGAAGGAUCUUAAAUACCAGGCACAGGAUAACUUCAUGAUGAUGGACGAUGCUGUCCUCUGCAUGUGUUUUAGCAGAGAUACAGAAAUGUUAGCAACUGGGGCCCAAGAUGGAAAAAUCAAGGUGUGGAAGAUUCAGAGUGGACAGUGUUUAAGGAGGUUUGAAAGGGCACACAGUAAAGGUGUCACCUGUCUAAGCUUUUCCAAAGAUAGCAGUCAGAUCCUUAGUGCCUCUUUUGACCAGACAAUCAGAAUUCAUGGUUUAAAAUCCGGGAAAACCCUGAAGGAAUUUCGUGGUCAUUCCUCUUUUGUUAAUGAAGCAACAUUUACACAAGAUGGACAUUAUAUUAUCAGUGCUUCCUCUGAUGGCACUGUAAAGGUUAAGUAUUUGAAACUGGUUCCUUUUGGGAUGUCUGCUUUACUUUUGUUCUUUGAGAAGGUUGCAGUCAUGAUAAUGGUAAUGAAUGUGUUGGAGAAGAUUGUCAGAAGCUUCAGCUCUGGUAAAAGAGAAGGUGGUGACUUUGUUUGCUGUGCUCUCUCUCCUCGUGGUGAAUGGAUUUACUGUGUGGGGGAAGACUUUGUGCUCUACUGCUUUAGCACAGUCACUGGCAAGCUGGAGAGAACUUUGACAGUUCACGAGAAGGAUGUGAUUGGUAUUGCACAUCAUCCUCAUCAGAAUUUGAUUGCUACCUACAGUGAAGAUGGACUCUUAAAGCUCUGGAAACCCUAAUUCACCUUUUAAAAAUCUGGCUUGAAGCAUGUACUUAGAAGACAUACUUAUGUGUUUGUUUUUUUCAGGUCAACUUUCUAAAAAAAAAGAAAAAAGAAAAAGUAUCCCAUUUAGCCAAGCAUAAUUAGUCUUAAAAAGUUACCCUUUUAAAAAUAUAUUUUUAAGAUUUUAGUUUUUCUGCUUAUAACUAUAGCAGACAUAUUACUGGUAUUUCUAGGAAAAAAAGAUGGACUUCUUUGAUUAUCUAAAAUCCUGAUUGCAAUUUACUUCCCAUCAUAAACCUUGUAAAUACCCCCAGUAUUCAGUAGCUGUUUUUUAAGAUGUUAAUAAAGCACACAUUUCUGGAUGCUUUGUAAAUAAAUAUUCAUCUCGUCAGUAUGUUUACUAAAAAUGGUGAGAGAACUCAUUAUCAUCAAGUCCUGAGUUCACAUUGAUAGCAGUUGGAUUGACUGACAUAAAAACUAUCAUAAUCUCAUGGUACUGUCUUUUUUGCUCAUUUUGAGCUGUGCCUUCUCCUAUGUUCAGUCUAACUUCAGGGAAUAUAGUCCCCCAUCUUCUGGUUGGAAAUAGUUGCAGGAUCAGUUGAGACCAGUUUUGGCAUCAUCUGUCAUGUGGAGGAGGGUUUGGCAUUGAAAAUGAGCUGCUGUUCUAGAUAAGCACUAUACCUUUUGAGCUACGCCCCUAGCCCAAUAUGCUGUUCUGAAAAAUUAGACAAGGACCUGAGAUUUAAGUCUUUUGUAAUGAUCAUAGUCAUCAGCUAAAAACAUUUCAAAGAUAAUAAAACUCUUAAAUAUUU